GCUCACGAUCAAGGCCAAGUGUCCAAUGGUUCUGAGGAAUUUCCCAAUGGAUAAACAGUCGUGUCCUCUCGUCAUCAGCAGCUUCGGCUACACAGACAAGGAGGUACGGUACGAAUGGGCGCCCAAGAAGGUGGAGUUCGAGGAAGGAAUGGGGCUGAGUCAGUUCGACAUCUUGAACACGAAAUGCAACAAUUACUCUGUCAGAUGGAGGUCGGGGAAAGGUCUCUUCUCGGCUCUGCAAGUGAACUUCAACCUGUCUCGGAGCGCCGGCUACUUCCUCAUCCAGGUGUACGUGCCUUGCUUCCUCAUCGUGGUGCUGUCCUGGGUGUCCUUCUGGAUCAACCGCGAGGCCACGAGCGAUCGGGUCGGCAUCGGCAUCAUAACGGUGCUGACGUUGGCCACCAUCAGCCUAGACACGCGCACGGACCUCCCGAAGGUGCACUACGCGACGGCCCUCGACUGGUUUAUCCUCAUGAGCUUCGGCUACUGCAUCGCCACGCUCCUGCAGUUCGCCGGCGUCCACUUCUUCACCAAGGUCGGCUCCGGAGAGAUCAUGGCGGAGGAGGAGGAGUGGGAAGACCUGGAGAUCGUCGAGGACUGCAGCCCUGAGGUCGUGGAGGAGUGCGUGCAGACGUACGACUCCCCCCACGACGCCGCCUGCGGGACUUCGGUCGAGGGUCGUAUCGAGGUGGUCUUCCUGAAUUCGAAUCACCCGAACUGCCCGCGGAGCGCCGCCACGCUCUACGCCACGCUCAACUCCGACGCCGGGGUACUGAACCACGCAGGGGACUGCCUGGCUACCUUCAGGACGGCGGAGACACAGACGGAGAAGAAGGAGCGGUGCUGGACGCAGUUCCUCCACUGCGUUGUAGGAGACGACCAGUACCGACGGGAGCGGCAACGGAGAGCGUGUCUCCAGCGCUCAGUCAACUCCGUUUCCGCCAUCGACACCGUCAGUCGCAUCCUCUUCCCGGCGUCCUACGGUCUCCUGAACCUGUGGUACUGGUACUCCUACUACGACACGGAGCUCAUAUCCAACUGGUCCGACCCGGGCUUCGAGAACUCGGCGAGACAGUAGAGGAGAGGAGCUGUCUAAUUCUUCUCUCUUAUCAUUAUUGUAUUAAGCUUUGGGUUAUUGUAAGACAGUUUCCUUCGCCAUAGUAUAGUUUUACCUUUAUAUAAUCUAUAUGCUACAAAGAGGCCCUUCAAUACGUAAAAGUUCUAGGAAAACAACGUGUCUGAUAGAUUUGACCCUGUGAACCGAGAUGCUAACUUUCUCAAGAAUCCA